AUGGCACGGGGGGUAGUACAGGCGUGCCAGAGGAACAUCGGAUACGAGGACGGCAAGAACAUGAGGGAUUUCCUCGACCUAGCGGAGUUAGAUUUCAUUGAAAGAGGGCUAGAAGAACGGCUGUGGGGAGAAGAACUCAAAAGAUAUCUGAGGGGAGACGCCUUGAGAUACUGGUUGUAUCUGCGUCGCACUGGAGAAUCCCUAACUGAUUGGGAGCAACUGAGACAGCGAUUCUGCGAGCAUUUCUGUAGUAUAACUCUGGAACGGAUGAAAGUCAUGCUAGCUAAGAAUGUCUGGAGGGGCGACCACCACGCAUACUCGGCGCGCUUUGCGGACAUCGUGACUCAAGGGGUGUCGGUGGCUCCAGAUAUGUUGGUGGGUUACUACCUGGCCAACCUGCCAGGUGAAAUACUCCGAGAGGUGACUCGAGGGGGAACAAGGAAUUUCGCAGACUGGCAGGAAGCCGCCGCAGCACUGGCUACUACGGCAGCGCCGUGGAAGGAUUUAUGCGAAGACCACCACCGAUUCCGGCGAGACUUAGAGGAUGCCACGCGUAGAUGGGCUAAAGGCGGGCGAGCACCGGACCUACUACGCGAACGAGAGAACAAGGACGACCGAAGGAAUGAUACUACGGACUCACGCUGA